AUGAGCGAUACUGAAGUAAAUACAGAAAUCGAUUUAGGGACAGUAAAAAAAAGGAAAAAUGCUAAAAAUGUUGAUAAAUAAUAAGAUGAGGAUGCUAAAAAAAAAGAUCAAAUGGACACUGUUAAAAUUGGGUAAAAUAAAAAGGAAAUGCCAAAAAAGAAAAAAAGUUCUUCAAAAGAGUCUUUGGUUUCCUCUGUUUCUGAAUAAAAAAACCAGUAAAAAAAAGCAGCAAAAAAUAAUAAUAAAAAAGCAUUAAAAAACCUUGACGAAGAAGUAAUUGGGGAUGAAAAUACUGAUGAAAGUGAUAGCGAUGAACAGAUAGCAAAAGAAGAUAUUUCUACUUGUGACUAAAAACCAAAAGGCGGAAAGGGUGCAAAGAAAGAGCAAAAAGCUAACAAUAAAAAUAAAUACUCUGUUUAAGAUUACUAAACCUUGAUUGAUUACAUGAAAAACUCUAACAAGCCUUUUAAUGCAACUACUCUUGAAAGUAACUUAAAAGGAAAAACAUAAUUUAAAAAAGGGUCAAUUGAGGCUGCACUUAGUUAGGCUGUUGAAGAAAAAUAUAUUGUUAGAAAAGCAUAUGGUAGUGCAUAUGUAUUUUGGUAUAACCAAGAACUUCUUCCUGUUGUAAAUAAAGAGGAGAUAGAGUAGUUGACUAAUGAAAUUCUAAAUAAAUAAAAAGAGGCUUCAGAAGUAAACUAAAAAUUAAGAAAUUUAGUUUCUUAGUUAUCGAAAGUAAUGUAAGAAAAAACAAACGAUUAGUUGCAACUAGAAAUAGAAAAAUUUAAACAGUAAAUUUUUUAAUUAGAUUAAGAUAUGCAAUAUUUUACUAGUGAAUCGUUUAUACCAGAAGACUCUAACGUUGUAAGAUAAAUUGAAGAUAAGCUAGCUAAAAUAGAAGGUAUAUUUAAAAAAAGAAAAAGAACUUGUGAAGAAGCCGUCAAGGAUUUAUUGGAAAACCAAGAGGAAAGCAUAAGCUUAUAAUAGAUGUUUUAAACAAUAGGAAUUGAUGAAGCAGAUAAUUCAGCUCUUAUCUGA